GUUCGCAGUCAGUGGCGUGUUCUUUGGCGAAACACAGACUUAGCCAUUCCAUCUGCCUUUCAAACCUGCCGAGUUUCGUUAUAUAAUUACACCGAGAUCGAAUCCUCGCUUCUCCAUCGGCCCACUUGGUUCUCCAUAGCCUAAGCAAUCGUCUCGCAAAUGGCGCGAACAAGUGUGAAAAGGAGACAUUCUGAUCUGCCGCGUUUCGAAUCAGUCGUCAGAAUCUCCAAUCUCCCUAUAGUAGAGAAUAGUAUACAUAUUGCUGGUAAUGUGUACGAUAAGUUAAAGCGUUCGAAUUCAUUGAUGAGUUGGAGUUUGUGUACCGCUGAACAGUCAUUCGCGAUUGCAACAGCAUCAGCGAAACCUGCGAUUUAUGCAUUAAAUGGGCCUAUCACGACCAUCGAUCAGUUGCUCUGUAAAGGUAUCGAUAUCGUUGAACAAAGAGUACCAGCCGUGCACCUUCCUCCUCAUAUCAUGUACUGCAAUGCACGAGAAUACGUGAACAACAAAAUCGUUAGGCCUGUUCUGAUGCGUGCCGGAAGCGUGAAGCUGAUAGGGAGCCAAGCUGCAAACGCUGCAGCAGAGAGAUUAGACAACGCUCUAACUGUCGCGGAUAAAUAUGUUGAUCGUUACUUACCUGCCGAUCCCACCGACAAAACCGAUGAUGCUAACCCUCCCGAAUUGGUAAGUAAAACCACACGAACGAUCAAACACGGAGCCAGGCUAUCUAGGAAGUUACAAAAGAGACUAACGCGUCGGACGUUAGCAGAAGCUCGAGCUCUUAAGGAACAAGGAACGGAAUGCAUUCAUGUGCUUUUGUAUGUUGUAGAGUUGUUAGCGACAGAUCCAAAAUUAGCGCUUCAAAAGGCUAAAGAGCUUUGGAAAACGUUAAGUUUACCUGAACCAGAAAAUCAAGCCCGGCCAGCUACUCUGGAACAGUUAUUGGUCCUCUUAACACGCGAAUCCGCGCGUCGUAUCGUUCAUCUGGUGAAUGGGACAGCGGCAUUAGCAGCUAGGACUCCUCGCAAUCUUGGCAGGAUCCUCACUAGAAUUUCGCACCAAUUGCUCGUUGUUGCAGAUGCUACGUUGAAAGUGAUGCCAGUUAUUGGUAAAAAGGAUGCAGCCAGAGAACACAUAUCUUCAAUACGUUUGGCUAUACACAGGCUCAAUUCAACCACAAAUCACUUGUUGGAGCAGUUUGCAGCUUUUCUAGCUGGUCGUCCAAGCGUUUCCAAAGUAACACACGUCCAGAGUCAUCAGCAAAACCACAAUAACCACAUGUCGAUGUCUUCCAAUCCACCAGUAAAUGGUAUCGAGUAACGAAGUCGUGCUUAAAAGUUAUUCUGCGUGAGUUUCAUCCAUAAUAGUUUUUAUUUCAAGGUUGAUAACUCUCAGGAAAAUUCCGGAUUGAAAUUUCACAGAUAAAUAAUGUCCACUCCACCGAAAUAACGUAGUUUCGAAUCAUUAUACUUACCACACUCGGGCAUAAGCUAUUAAUAUUCUUCUUUUAUGGAGGACACAGUAUAUCGGUGUCAUUCUAAGUUUUCAAUUCUUCAACUGAACACUUAACUACCUUUAUCUUUAGUACGCAACUGUAAUACAUAGAGAUAAGAAAGUGCAAAAAAUAAAUAUUAUAAUAAUUUCAUAGUCAUUAUGAUACCAUU